GCGGGGUCGAGUGGCCUUCCGCGGGUGUGGUGCCCGACCGCCACCGGCGUUUGAGUGCUGGUACUGUGGCCGCCCCGAGGCCCACGAGGCGGAACGCACGAGGCGCGGCGGAGGGGCAGCGCGGCUCGCUCCCUGCUGGUCGCGGGAGGGAGUCACAUCCGGCGGAGGCGGGGCUCGCGGAUCCCGGAAGUACGGGCGGCGGCCGAUUGCCCACGGUGGCGGCGUCCCCUGCAGGGGAAGAUGGAGGGGCUGAAAGACAAGACCCUGCAGGAGCUGGAGGAGAUGCAGAAUGAUCCAGAAGCCAUUGCUCGGAUGGCCUUGGAGUCUCCUGAGGUUCAGGACCUGCAGUUAGAACGAGAGAUGGCAUUGGCCACCAACCGGAGCCUGGCAGAGCAGAACCUGGAGUUCCAAGGCCCCCUGGAAAUCAGCCGCUCUAACCUUUCAGACAAAUACCAGGAGCUGCGGAAGCUUGUGGAGCGGUGCCAGGAGCAGAAAGCCAAGCUGGAGAAAUUUUCCUCAGCACUGCAGCCCGCCACCUUGUUGGACCUUCUGCAGAUUGAAGGGAUGAAGAUUGAGGAGGAGUCUGAGGCCAUGGCUGAGAAGUUCCUGGAGGGUGAGGUGCCCUUGGAAACGUUCUUAGAGUCCUUUUCCUCCAUGAGGACACUGCUGCACCUGCGCCGAGUCCGUGUAGAGAAGCUUCAGGAUGUGGUGAGGCGGCCCCGUGCUUUGACAGAGCUGGCCGGAGAUGCCCCUCCAAAGCGCCCGCCGCCCCCUCGCCCAGCACCCCAGGCGACACCCCCUGCGACUGAAGAACAGCCUCCGCAGUCCUCUGUUGUGACUCCCUACCCUUUGCCCUACAGCCCAUCCCCAGGCUUGCCUGUGGGCCCUACAGCCCAGGGAGCCCUGCAGCCAGCCCCCUUCCCUGUAGUGGCUCAGCCUUCCUCCUAUGGUGGGCCUCUGGGUCCUUCCUACCCAUCACCUCAGCCAGGACCAAGGACCACUAUGGGCUACUCUUGGUCCCCACAGAGGAGUGUGCCACCCCAGCCUGGCUAUCCUGUGGCUCCAACUAGCACCCCUGGUCCAGGAUAUCCCUUAGUUGGGGGCCGAACUCCUGGUCCUGGUUACCCCCAGCAGUCCCCCUACCUCUCAUCAGGAAGCAAACCUCCCUAUCCAACACAACCUCAGCUGCCAGGCUUCCCAGGACAGCCCCAGCCUCCAGUGCCCCCUCAAGCUCCAUACCCUACCGGGCCAACCCCUCCUUAUGGCUUUCACCCUCCAGGGCCUGCCUGGCCUAGAUAUUAGCUCUGGUCCCUGUCCACCUUCUUCCUUCGUCCUGCACCGUAGCCUUUGGCCUCCAUUUGCUGAGAUUCGAGGUUAACACUGGAAGUGGAGCUGAUGCUCUGUGCAGAGUUGGGAACACACAGGCCCCCUGAAAGGCCCUGGACAGUGUGGCAUGGGUCCUUCUGGGAGCUCCUUCUGCCAGGGAACAGCUCAGCACAUCCUGAGGUGGCCUGGUGGGAGCCCAGGGCUCUCCGGUGUCUGCAUGAGCAAGCGUGUUCAUGUCUUUGCACAGCUGCCUGCGCUUGCUCGCUGACAGCUGAACCAGUGCAGAGUGACCUUGGUAGCAGGUUGGCCCCGGGUCUUAGACCCUGCUCAUCCAGGCUCUCCCUUGGAACUUGGCAUGUCUCGUGUGGAGCCACUUGCCAAGCGACAUAGCUCUGUCCAUUUAAGGAUGGUCUAAGUUACCACAGUUGGGUCAGAGGAAAGAAUGGUUAGGAAAAACAGGGACUAUGAGUCCUAAUAGCCAUAAUUUAGCUGCGUGCCAAUGUCAGGCAAAUGUGUCCUUUUUGGUGGUUGGAUUCACAGCAGCACUGGUAUGAGGAAUGCUAAGGGAAACCCAGGCCUCAAUUUUAUGCUUGGCUGUCCUAGGCGUCACCCUGGAGCCCCUGGCUGGAGUGGAGGACCAGGUUUACCUCCCAGCCACUUCUCACUCCUGGAUCCUCCACUUCUGGCUGGCUUUUUCUGAGGUUCAUCUAUCCACUCCUUUUAGUGCCUUGAGUCUCAUUCGCUAGCAGCCCCUCUGCCCUCGUGUAACUCCUCCCUGCCCCAGUGUCCCUGCAGAACAGACACCAGGCCUGCCCUUCCAGAAGGUCCCAAUGGUGCUUCCCAGAUCUCAUCACUACAUGGGGGUUGGUUUCUCUACACUCUCGUCUUUAGAACGUAAAGGGUAGGGACUGUGAGUGCAGCCCCAGCACUCAAAGGGGCUGAAGCCUGUUUAGUAAUAAAAGUGAUUACACUAUACCAAAGGGAUUUCAGGGGACGAUGCAUCAGUGUGGAUGGGCCAGAUGUGAACCAGGUCUCAGGAUGGACCUUGAAGCUGCUACGGGUUAGGAAGUUGUAUGUGCCUUGAAAUAUCCCCUGCUUGGGUACCCAGCCUCUAAGUGGGCUAAGGUGCUGGGGGUCAAGGAGGAACCCCAUCUUCUGGUGCCACCCCGCCCACAGGCCACGGAUGCAUUACCAACUCUGCUUGCUUCUCCUGAGUUAUUUAUAAUGAAUCACUAAUGGAGUCUGUGGCUGACUGCUGCUGAACUGGAUGAUGACCACCCGUUUGUUUGUGUAAUUGCCAUAAUAAACGUUGAUGAGUUC